UUAUUAUAAUGAUGAAGACGAUAGUAAUAGUACUUCUGAUUAAUAAUAAGAACAACAGAAUCUUGCGGCAGCAGUGGUGCUCCGAGUGAACACUGUUGCUUUUUUAGAAGAACUAUAACUCAGCAGCGCGCCGUUGACUGCGUAAAGUGCGCGCCUCACGUCCGCGUCUGCCACGAAACACGGUGGUGUAUAGUUUAGUAUAGUUUGGGCGCGAAUACACUACAGUCAUUGGAAGUCAUCGCAGUCGUGCAGGAGAUCAUGGAGCCGCACUGAUCCCGUUUCAGCUGAGCUCUCAGUUUCAUUAAAGCCGGAGGAGCGCGGCUCCUCUUGCCUCUUCUUCUUGUGCCAUUUGCAUGCCGUCCCGCCUCGACCCGCCCAGUCACGCUCUUCUAGACUAUAACGCUCUGGCUGCGCCGCGAUCAUGGGUCCGGCGCCGAGCUGAGCUGAUCCGAGCUGAGCGCAGCUGAGCUGAGCUGAUCCGAGGGGAGGCCCAUGUCCUCCAACAACAGUCGCCGUCCUCACAAGAAGAAGCCCGACGUACCCGCACCAGCCCGGACAGCAGCAGAUCGCAUCCCUUCCUUCCACGCGGCGCGCCGUUUCUGCUACCUUUUCGAUUAAUAAUUCUCCCGCCUUGAUUUGUUCCGAGGAGCUUUAAUGUUUGCUACUAUGGUGUCCAAGCUGACAUCUCUGCAGCAGGAACUCCUGAGCGCCUUGCUGGAUUCUGGAGUCACCAAGGACCUUCUCAUCCAGGCGCUGGAGGACAUGGAUCCGAGUCCGGCCGCCUUCGGCAAGUUCGGGGUCAAAGCGGAGAGGCACGCGUCCCCGCGGGGCGGAGAUGGCGAGUCACAGCCGCCGGUGUUCCACACGCUCACGAACGGACACGGUAAGGGCGGAAAGUGCUCCGGGGACGAGGGCUCCGAGGACGGCGAUGACUUCGACACACCUCCCAUCCUGAGGGAGCUCCAGGCCCUGGACACGGAGGAGGCGGCCGAGCAGAGGGCGGAGGUGGAGAGAAUGUUGUCCGAAGACCCGUGGCACGCCGCGCGCACCAUCAAGGGCUACAUGCAGCAGCACAACAUCCCGCAGCGCGAGGUGGUGGACGUCACGCGCCUCAACCAGUCGCACCUGUCGCAGCACCUGAACAAGGGCACGCCCAUGAAGACGAGCAAGCGCGCGGCGCUCUACACCUGGUACGUCAGGAAGCAGCGGGAAAUCCAGAGACAGUUCGGCCAUGUGCAGGGUUCUGGCAGCAGUGACACAGACAAGGGCAGUGAGGAUCAGGUGCUGUUUCUCUUCCCAGAGUUCAGCGAGCCAGGCCAGGGCUCGGGACAGUCCGGGGAGGCAGCCAGCUCCGAACCUGCCAGCAAGAGGCUGAGACGCAACCGUUUCAAGUGGGGUCCUGCCUCCCAGGACAUCCUUUACCAGGCCUAUGAGCGUCAGAAGAACCCGAGCAAGGAGGAGCGGGAGGCACUAGUGGAGGAGUGCAACAGGGCCGAAUGUGUUCAGAGGGGAGUGUCCCCAUCCAAGGCUCAUGGUCUGGGCUCUAACCUCGUCACCGAAGUGCGUGUCUACAAUUGGUUCGCCAACCGGCGCAAAGAAGAAGCUUUUCGGCAGAAGCUGGCGAUGGACAGUUACCCGGUGCACAGCAUCGGUGCCCUGACACCGCAGUCCUCGGUGUCUCCACCGAGCAAAAUGCAAGAAGUUCGAUACAGCCAUCAAGGGAACGCCGAUGUCACAUCCUCCGCAACGAUGAAUCACCAUGGCAACAGCGGAAUACCCAGCACUGAGUCAUUGCUACAGCAGGUGUCUCCAAGUGGUCUUGAUCCUAGUCACAGCCUGCUGUCACCCAGUGCUAAGAUGAUAUCGGUGUCGGGUGGGGUUCUGCCCCCCGUCAGCACCCUGACCAACAUCCACAGUCUGUCCCAGAGCUCCCACCAGCACCACUCCCAGACGCAGAGCCUCAUCAUGACCAUUGCACAGAGUCUGAAUCCGUCACAAAGUGUUCCGGUCAUCAACAGCAUUGGGGGGAGUCUGACUGCGCUGACUGCGCAGCCGGUUCAGUUUGCGCAACAGCCCUUGGCCAAUUCUCACCUGCACGUCCCUCCCCCGCAAGCGCCGACUCACAUGGGGCAACAGCCUUUCAUGGCUGCUGUUACGCACACACACAUGUACCCCCACAAGCAGGAGCCCCCGCAGUAUUCGCAUUCGUCCCGCUUCCCCCCUACCAUGGUUGUGACGGACACCAGUAGCAUUGGCCACCUCAGCUCGAUGUCCUCCAGCAAACAGUGCCCUCUGCAAGCAUGGUGAGCAUGUGCAUCUGAGCUCCACGUCCCCUAGCAACCAUGAUCCCUCAUUCCACCCCAUCACCUUGGUAAACUUGGAAGCCACCUGCAUGGGAGAGCACCUUUGUUGGACAAUUAGUUCUACGGUGAGUAAGAAGUUGCAGAGGACAGCCAAAGUGGAAUGGAUGCAAAGUGAGGAACUUAGGGAAAGAAGCCCCUAAAACCACUAAAGUAGUAAGGCUGCUAUCUCCAAAUGCCAGCUCAAAGUUUGGAAGAGGAUAAAGACAAUGACAAUGACCCCUGACUCUUGAAGAGAGGGGCCAGAAGGGACAUACAACUUUAUCUCUAUUCAUAUUACUGAAAAUGCUCAUUUUGGAAAAAGUGGUGCAUUUGUGAAUUUGACGGUGUAUUGUAUACGACUCUAUAUGAACAAAGGAAAUAUAGUGUAAGCAGAAGUUUUUCGGGUUGCCGGCGGGCUCUCUGUAGGGAGACACCGCUCCCUGUGUGGUGACAGUAAUCCUGGACUGAUUCUGGUUAUUACCACAAUGACUAGGUAUUCCUGCCCUGUAACCGUAACAGUGGUGCAGCUUGAGGAAUUUUAUCAUCUGUUAAUGAAUGACUGUCCAAAAUGAAUCUGAUAGUCCACGAUCCUUUAAGUCUUCCUCACCAGAUCUGAGAAUGGUGAAUGAUGUUCGUUUGAACUCCCACAUCUCCGAGGAGAUGCGCUGUCAUGCAUGGAGUUGAGCGAACCCGCUAUGCCGCAAAACUAUGUUCUUUUUUUUAUUAACCAUAUGAUGUGUUCACAUUGCCACUUAAGCUAGAUAGUUUGUUCAGUGGGUGGUGAAAUAUACUGCAAGUGAUCCUCUCUGAUGUGUUUUUAU